AUGCCUUUUCCAAUGGAAGGAACACCCUCUGUGCCUCCGUAUCCAGUAUCAUCCCCAGGAACGGAAGCCUCUGUGUUGGUUCCAGGUGAGAUUUCGAGGAGAAACAUCAUCUGUGCCAUCACCUUGGUGAACACCCGCGGAGCCAUGGAAAGGCCAAAUGGCAGUGGAGAUAAGCCUGAUGAUGCAGCCAAAUCGGAAUGUGAAGGUCUCUGUGUCUCAGCUUGCUGCUGCAUGGUGACAGCUCUCUGUGAUAAAAAAGGAAGCAGUAUUCCAUGUGCGUGUGUAUCUGGAUCUGUUAUGAAGAGGAAUGAUGAAGGUCUUUACAUAUGUAUAGAUAAAUGUGCAGAUGACACGGAUUGCCCUUCACAUGCCGUUUGUAGACAGAGAAAUUGUUAUUGUGCUCAUGGAUUAUGCAACAAAUCUAAACCAGAAUGUCAACCACUAAUCAAACUGGAUGAAGAGUGUGUAGGACACAGUGCAGACUGCAGAGGAGAGGGAAUUGCUGCCCCUCCUCCCUCUCGGGUCGGACUAAACUUGGCAGCAGCUACUGGGGGACGGGCAGACAAGACAUCUACCACUAGUCCAACAACACAGCCUUCAACAAUAGUGCAAGCAACGACACCGGAAAUAGAAGAGAAGAAAUGUCAGCCUGAACCUAGCCCUGAGCUGGAAGAGUGCAGGAGACUCAAUCGCCAGGAUACAUUGUGCUCUUUGUUGCGGUCCAAUGCCCGUAUCCAAGAACAGUCUUGUCACAGCAAUAUUUCUGUGAAGGAGGUGGUAUCUCAGUUCACCGAAGUGUUCAAUCAAACACACCUGACCAACCUGAGCGCCUCGGAUCUCAGCACAGCUGUCACCUCUAUACUAGAGAAUGUGGAAACCUCACUGUUGGAAACUUUUACUAAAGAUCUCAGGAACCAAAGCAUCAGCACCCCUGAACUUGAGGUUCAGAUGACGGUUUCCUCAGACAUCUGUACUGGAGAAACAUCCAAUAUAACAUUACAUGUCUUGGGCAACACUAUGGAGGUUCCAUGUUCACUCGUGAGCAGAGAAACUGGUGGAGCUAUUUUUAUCUCACAAAAAGCCCUAGAUUCCAGGUUAAAUAGCAGUGUCCUUGGAGCAUUAGGAGACUCUGAUCAUGAAGGUACAAAUGAGAUCAUUUCUCAGGUGGUAAGUGGUGCCAUCACAAGCAACAAUACAGAAAACUUGGAUCCCCCAGUAUCCUUCUACCUGGCACAGCUGAAGGAACUUAGGUCUUCCUUCAUUUUCAAAUGUGUGUUUUGGGAUAAGAAACAGAAAGUUUGGUCAAGCGUCGGAUGUGAGACCAAGCAGUCCGAUAAAGAGAACCAUACGAUUUGUGUCUGCAACCAUCUUUCCACCUUUGCUGUGCUCAUGGCCCCUGGUGAAAUCCAGGUGGAUUUUGGCUUAGUUCUGAUCUCUCGCAUCGGCCUCACUCUGUCUCUUGUCUGCCUAUGUGUCUCUCUCCUCACAUUUCUCCUGUGCCAUUCUCUAAGGAGUGUUCACACCUCUGUCCUGAUAGUUUUGUGUGGAUGUCUCUUCCUGGGACAACUUCUUGUUCUGUUUGGUCUACAUCAGACUUGGAAUACGGUCCUCUGUUCUGUGAUUGCAGGCAGUCUGCACUUCUUCUUCCUCUCUGCCUUCUGUUGGAUGUCUGUCGAGAGCAUACUGCUCUUCAUAACUGUCCGACACCUGCAGGCUAUGAAUUACAUGACAGCUCAUCGCUCUCAUUUCCCAUAUGUCUACCUUGUUGGGUUUGGUAUCCCUCUCAUCAUAGUUGGCAUCUCAGCAGCAAUUCGUUCAGAUGGAUACAGGAAUGACAGAUAUUGUUGGCUGGAUUUCAGUCUUGUCUGGAGUUUCCUUGGGCCAGUCUGUGUAUUUAUCAUAAUAAACUUCACACUCUUGGUCCUGACAUUUUAUCUACUCAAGAAGAAGCUGGCAUCUCUCAACUCAAAUGUGUCCACUUUAAAACAUACCCGGCUGCUGACGUUCAAGGCUAUGUCUCAGCUCUUCAUCCUGGGCUGUACCUGGAUUGUCGGCCUCUUCCAGUUCGGGAAUGGAGCCCUUGUUGCAUCUUACAUCUUCACUAUCUGCAAUAGUCUCCAGGGCGUCUACAUCUUCUUUGUACACUGUCUUCUCAAUCGCCAGGUAAGAGAGGAGUACAGCAGAGUCUUCUGCAGGAUCCAUUCCAAGAAAUCAGAGUCUGAGGUUAUAUCUGGCAGUACUAUACCCAUGACUAUGAAAUUUAGUGAAGCAUCUGACGCUCAGAAAUCUGAAAUUGUGCAAAGAGAGAAUCCUCAUGUGGCCUUCAAGUAAUGAUAUUUCUCUGCAGAAAUUGACAAGUCACCUGUACUGUCUCCUAUAUGACACAAACAGCCCAAGAAGAGCAGCCUGAAGAAAAAAUGACAUAUUGAACCACUUACCAUCAUAAGUACAAAUGCAGAAAAUAUACUGUGGAUCCAGAGGACUGGGCAAUUUCAUUUUAUAGGAGAAAAUAAAUAUCUUUGGCUCUGCUAGAUAUAUAUAUAUAUAUAUAUAAAAAACUCCAUAUGUGGUCGCACUCUCACCAACACUGUAUGUUGGCUUCACAUAUAUAUAUAUAUAUAUAUAUAUAUAUAUAUAUAUAUUAAACAAUGUAAUUAGCGGCACU